GGGCGGGUUGCUGGGGUAACCGGGACCCGAACGUUCCGUUACUGUUCGAAAUUUGAAUCCCAACGGUUUUUCCCCCUCGCGCCCGCGCCCUCCCGCCCUUUGUCGUCCCUGUUUAAACGGCCGCUUCCUCUUGUCCUGUUUAUCUGUCUCUGUGUGUGUGUCUGUCUGUGUGUGAGUGUGUGUGUCUGUCUGUGUGUGAGUGUGUGUGUCUGUCUGUCUCUGUGUGUGAGUGUGAGUGUGUGAUGGAAAUACAGCAAAAUUCGACGCUCUUUCGCUUUAAAAUCCAAAUCCAUGAGCAAGAAGAGGAGAAAGGAGGGGAGCAAGUUGACCUCUCCAAGACUAAGUGGCCUCACCAAAAGGAUGGAUGGGAUUUGACGAUUCUCCCUGCCAAAGAGUGUGUCUGCUGAUUUAAAAGACAGACGGUUAAUAUAUUGCACUGCAACUGGAAUUUAAGUCUGACUGUCAGCCAAGCAGAAGUGCUUCCACCUCUUCCUUAUUUUCUUUUGAAGCUUCAUCGCUCAGGUUAUUUGUUUUAUAAGUGAUUCAGGAACUCUCCUUGGCUGUUCGGGAAGCAAUUUUGGGUUUGAUUCUCCUUUCUAGGAAUUCUCUUCAAGACGAGAGAGGCAGACAGAAGGAAGAUUUCAAAUUGGAUUGGAAUUUACUUACAUGUGUGAACUUGAGAUCAAGUGGGAACGUUUGGUUGAAGUGGAGGAAUUCAGAGUAUCAUCACCAGUCUCUUGGCUCAACAGUCGUCAGCAUCGACGUUUUUUUGUUUGUUUGUUUCUGACCAAUUGGAUUUGAAAGGGAUAGUCACUGGAUCUUGAUCUGGUUUGCUUGGUGUGUUUGCUCCCACUAGAUUUAUUUCUGGUUUCUGCAUAUUUGAAGAAAAGACGAGGAAAGGAAAUUAAAAGGAGGAGAGAGUCGUUUAUGCACUUGCUGAUUUUCGUUGUACUCUUUUUUUUGUAAUCUCCUGCACCACUCCACUCAAAACCCACCCAACUGCUCCCAAGUUGGUGUUUCUGUUCUACACGUGCAAAGAGACUCUUGCCGUUUUACGAUCAAGAAUUGAAUUCCUGUAACGCUGCCUUGACAGUCUGAAAUCGGAAGGAGACGGAGUGGGGGAAUCAGAUACAGUGGCAAAGAUUUAUAAAGCAGCGGUGGAAAAGAAUUGAAAAGAUUUUUCUGUUGCUUUGGCAAUUAGAUUUAGAACCUUGCUGGCAUAGCCCCUCACAUUUCCUCCCCCACUCCGUCUCAUACCUUUCGAGCACUGCCUGAUCCUAGAGUUCUGCCUUGAUUUCCAGCUCCUUCACCCCCAUAAUCUGUUUAAUUGUCAGCUUGCUUACCUGAGUUCCAGCCAUUCCAUCCAUUUUAGUACCAGGCUCCAAUGUCUGAUUUAUUCUCCCCUCCACAUCCCUACUCUCCUGUAAUCUUGAAGAUCAACCUCAGCUGCUGCUAAGAAUUGGAUUUUGCAUUGUCCAAAAAGGCCCCAGUUUUCCUGUUGGUAUCCCAUGAGAAAGAAAUCCCUGAUAGAAAUCCUUAUUUUGUCCAUCGCCAACAGAAAGCUACAUUGGAUAGAAAAAUAAAUGGCCAUUUAUUCCUUAAAUUGGUUCUUACUUUCUUGCUUCCAGACCCAGAUCAAACUUGCCUGAAACUCUUCCAACUUGAUGUUAUAGGUUGGUCGAUCCUGGUGUGAAGUGUAGUGUCUUCACUGUCUUAUCUUGAAUAAGUUCCUCCAUCUAGUUUCAGCACCUCCUCUCAUUUUGGAGCAGUUCCCAUUUAGAUUUCCUAGUUCCCGAGCUUUGUUCAGGUUUUGGGUCUGUGCGUUUGUCUCUUAAAAGAGCACACAGUCCUUCACCUCUGCCAAAAGAGCACCAAAUCUGCACCCCAUCUUCAGCUGGUGUGGAAUCAAGAUUUGCCCAUCUCGGCACACUCUGUAUCUAUCCUUAGUGUUUUCCUCCAUUCUUCAUCUGCCUUGUCCUUUUACUCAUUUCUCCAGUUUUGACUGUUUCUUCCUGCCAUUUGUCUACCCCCCCCCCCCCCCCCCAUGCUGUGCUGGGCACAUCAGGAUCUCAGUCAGUGACUCAUCCCAUCCCACCACGACUAUCUCUUCCCUUGUCCCUCCCCCACCACAACAGUUACCCUGGGCUAUGCUGCUGAGCAGGAUUGCUGACCGAGCAAUAUGCCAUUGGGAACGGAGAGGAAAUUCAAACCCAGCAAGUACAUCCCGGUGUCGGCAGCUGCCACCUUUCUUGUGGGCUCCACCUCCCUGUUCUUCGUUUUUCCGUGCCCAUGGCUCAGCCAGGUCUACUCACCAGCCAUUCCCAUCUACAAUGUGAUCAUCUUUCUCUUCGUGCUAGCAAACUUCAGCAUGGCCACGUUCAUGGACCCUGGCAUCUUCCCACGAGCUGAUGAAGAUGAAGAUAAAGAUGAUGAUUUUCGGGCUCCACUUUAUAAGAAUGUGGAAAUCAAAGGCAUCCAAGUCCGGAUGAAAUGGUGCUCAACUUGCCGGUUCUACCGCCCACCCCGGUGUUCGCACUGCAGCGUCUGUGACAACUGCGUGGAGGAGUUUGACCAUCACUGCCCAUGGGUGAACAAUUGCAUUGGGCGAAGGAACUACCGUUACUUCUUCCUGUUUCUCCUCUCACUUACCACCCAUAUCAUCGGGGUCUUCGGCUUUGGUCUCCUCUAUGUGCUCAACCAUGUGAAUAAAUUGUCUGAUGUGCACACUGCUGUCACUAUGGCAGUCAUGUGUGUGGCAGGCUUGUUCUUCAUUCCUGUGGCUGGUCUGACUGGAUUCCACAUCGUGCUGGUCGCGAGGGGACGGACGACCAAUGAGCAGGUUACUGGGAAAUUCCGAGGUGGAGUAAAUCCCUUCACGCAGGGCUGUUGGAUGAAUAUCUCAUACGUCCUGUGCAGUUCACAAGCACCCAGGUACAUCAGCCGAGAGAGGAGGGAGUUUCUUACUCCAGUCCAGACUCCCUUCCUGCAUCCCUUGGUUUCGGACACUGAGGUCACCAUGAAGCUGAUGGACAAUGGCAUUCAAACAAACCUCAAGAGGUCCCUGUCCAAAGGAAGUCUGGAGGUUAUGGAAAGCCAGUCAGCCGAUGCUGAGCCCCCUCCUCCACCUAAACCCGAGUUACACCGUUACUCAGGCCUCAGGGCUCACUUGUCACUGGCAACAAACGAGGAGAGUAACUUGCUGAACAGAAUGGACAACCCACCAACACCCACUAUGUACAAGUACAGGCCAGCCUACAACAGCCCAGGGCGCAACCACACUGCUCUCACGCACUCCGCCAGUGAAAAGAUUUCCCGAGGUGAGGCUGUGAAGGAGUCUUUGCCCAUUGACGAGAGCAGCAGGAGUCAGAGCUACAAGUCGGAGCCCAAUCUGGAGUCUGAUGCCUGCCGCUCACCAACCAUCUAUAAGAGUUUCCAGUUUGAGCCCGUUUCCAAUGGCUCCCGCUCGUCCAGUCUGAAGUCAGCCCAUGGUGGAGGCUUUGAGAUGAGCCACCUACAGUCCAUUCGCUCUGAGGGAACCACCUCUACCUCUUACAAGAGCUUGGCCAACCAGACCCGCAAUGGGAGCCUGUCCUACGACAGCUUGGCCACCCCCUCAGGUAGCCCAGAAGCUGAGUCGCCCUGCCCAGUGCCAGGUCCGGAGCCAACAGGCUACCAUUCCCCCUUUAUGUCAGCCAAGAUUGCUCAGCAAAGGGAGGCAGACCUCCACCGCUACCCACUAGCCCCUGGUGCAUACGGAGUCCCUCCCCGCUGCCCCAGGGACCCCCCGGCCAUCUCCUCUUCUGAGAGCCGGUCACGACAGGAGCGGGAAAAGCUGCUGCGGACAGAGGAGACACCGGCUGUCACUGCCCACCAUCACCAGCAUCAUGCCCGGGUCAGUAUGUCCUCUGAUGACACUAGGCGCUCGCCUGGCCUUAAAAGUCCAACCCAGAGAACUACACCUCCACUUAUACCCUCCACCUCCUCUUCCUCCUCUUCCUCUCAGUCUGGGGGAGCCCCUGGCCAACCUACACGUUUCUCCAGAGUCUCUGAGGGUAGUGCACAAACUCCCAGGGUGCGCUCCAUGUGCUCUCCUGAGGCUCCUGCCCCUCCUCCCACCAUGGGCAAGUCAACAUCCUAUGUGGUUGCGAGACCUCCAUAUGGAGCUGCAUUGGACACCAGUGAAGUAUUGGCAACAACACACCCACUACUGGCUCCCAAAGAUGAGGUGAGGAUGAAAGGCUCCCACAACAAAAGCAAUGGACAGCCCAAAAGUCUGAGCAAGGCAGACUCGCGGCAGACGUCACCACCUCCUUGCCCUGGGGCUGCCAGCGGAGCACCUCUAAGCCCCAGUAAAGGUGUGAAAAAAGUCUCCGGAGUUGGAGGGACCACCUAUGAAAUCUCUGUGUGAGACCAAGCAAGGCGGGGAGAGAGAGAGAGAAACUAAGGCACCUCCUCAAAGACUCUUGGACACAGUCAACGGGGACUGAAUCUCAAGUUGACAAGACUUUAAUUCCUUUGGGAUCUGGAAGGAGAAUGUAAGGAGAGGAAAGCUGGACACUGGAGAGCUCUCCUAAUCCUCCUCCAUGACCCGCUUCAAUGCGGGUGGGAAUCCUUCUAUGCGUAAAUCCAAGUUUUAGCCAUUUGUAAGUUUUAAGGAGAGAAAGGAGAGAGAAACACCAUCCCCUCCCCACAGCCCCCACAUACAUGUACAGGAGAGCCAUGAGGGGGAUGCAAAAGUGUGUGACAGGGUCUAGUGGGGAGGGGGGCAAGAUGUGGUUGGAAAUGUCUGAGUGGGACAAGGUGGGUGGAGAGAGCAUUGCAGCUUCCCCUCCAUCCUGAGGGGAGGAGAACUUGGCGUGGUUUUUUAAAUUCUGUUUAAUGUUCCACCCGAUCUCCCUCCUUUUUUCUCUCUCUCUCGCUCUUUCUCUCAUGCAAGUCUGAGAGUUCGAUCACUGAGGAGCCGACAAUGUGCAAUCAACGGGAGGGGGUGGAGGGUGGGGUGGGGGUGUUUAAAGGACAGAAGCCUAAAGGAAAAAAGCAAAGACUUUUGAAAAACAAAAGGAAUUUUUUAUAUAUAUAUAUAUAAAUAAUUAAAGGGAUUAUUUACUCUCGAUCCUUCCAGUGGUGGAAAGGCUGAAACUAUUAACACACUCC